AUGAGCGAAGAAGAAGAUUUCCCAGAACCACCACCAAAAGUGGUGAAGAAAGAGGAACCUAAGAAGAUUCCGAAAGGGAAGAAGUACAAGAAGCGCCUUCUUGUUAAUCUCGUUCGAACACAUUAUGACCUAGUUCAUCAAGUUUUCGCAGACAUGGGCUGGGAAGAAACUGAAUCAGAAGAAAAGUGCACAAUGUAUUGGACGGAUGCAGGAGGAUCAUCUGAAAUAUGUUCUUCCCUUCAACCUUUCCAAUUUUACAAUCAUUUUCACGCUGUGUGGGCAAUCGCCAGAAAAGUCGAAAUGCUUCGUAAUUACGAAAAGUUACAAUCCCAAUUACCUGAAUUAUACACAUUUCAACCAAAAUCUUUCUUAUUACCAGGCCAAUUCGCUGCCCUUAAGACUUUUAUGCUAGCACAGAAGGAAAAACAGACAGAACCAACUACAUUCAUCGUUAAACCUGACCGAGGAGCUCAAGGGAGAGGAAUUUUCCUUAUUCAAGAGCCAGAACAAGCAGAAUACUACACAGAAUCAGCGGUUGUUCAGCAGUACAUACCUCCAUUCCUCAUUGACGGAUAUAAAUUCGAUUUAAGAUUAUACGUUUUAAUUACAGCUGUAAGCCCUCUCAGAUUGUAUUUCCAUAACGAGGGAAUGGCUCGUUUCUGUACUGAGCCUUAUAUAGCUCCUACUUCAUCAAAUUUAUCUAAAGUUUUCGGACAUUUGACAAAUUACUCAUUAAACAAGAAGAACGAUCACUUUCAAAAGAACACAGAUCCAAAUGAUGCUACAAAAGGCAGUAAACGCUCAUAUUCUUUCGUUUUAGAUACAAUUAAAAAGAUGGGUUUAGAUACCAAAGAAUUACAGCGAAAAAUCGAUAGAAUUAUACGUCUUACAAUCGCUUCAAUACAGCCACGACUCGAACAUCAAUACAAAGCUACUGUUUCCGUAUCAGAUGACAAAUGUCGUUGUUUUGAGAUUCUUGGCUUCGAUAUUCUCCUUGAUUCAUCACUGGAACCAUGGCUUAUUGAAGUUAACAACAUGCCAAGUCUUUCAACAGAUUCUCCUUUCGAUAAAAAACUGAAAGAUUCAGUUUUGAAAGGAACUCUUACUAUUCUGGACAUUCCGAAAGGCUUCAAGCAGAUUGUAGCUGAUGAAGAAAAGGCUGUUACUCAAAUGAGAAUCACAGGAACAACAGAACUCCCAAGAUUUAAGAUAUUCGACCCAGAAAAGGAAAGUGAGAUAGCCAAAACAACAAAUUGGCGUCAGAUAUAUCCAUUAGCACCAGACGAUCCGGAACAAGAAGUCAUGGAUACAGCAAUUAAAGUUGCUAAAUCAAUGCCGCUUGUUGGACCAAUAGAAACGACAACAACGAAGGCCAGAAAGGAACACAUUGACCAAGGCAUCCAAGAAAACGAAAAGAAAGAAAAAGAAGCCCUUCAAAAAAGAGUUUUCGCAAAUACCAUAAAAAGUGACAUUUCGAAGCCCGUAAAUAAACCUUUGAAAAGUGAAGUUCCCCGGAAAAAGAAAUUAAUCAUCCCUCAAUAUAAGACACCAGAAAGGAGGCGUCUUGCGAACAUAGCAACAAAGAAGUCAUUGUCUUCUUAUUUAGCCCAGUUAAAUUCAAAUUCAAUCUUCAAAUCAAUGAAAGGUACUGCUUUCAAGAUGGAAGAAGAGAAAAACAGAAUGGCUGAUGUAAGGAGACAGGUGCAAUCGGCAGAUGACGAAAAUAUGCUUAGAUGUAUCAUGCAAAUGAUAAAUUACAAUAAUCCACAACCUGAGAGCGCGGAUAAGAACCCAGCGAAACCAGCAAAAGGAAAGAAGUAUUUUGUUAAUGUUUUGAACAUAGGACACUUUCCCAAUUGCAAUUUCCCUUCAAAAUAA